AUGUCCAGACAACACGGAUUGACCAAGGGGAAACCACGCCUGACCAACCGGCUUGCCUCCUGCGAUGAACCGACUGCCCUCAGUAAACCAGAGCGCUAUGGAUUCCAGGAGUGGACUGUGAGGUGGGUGGAAAACCGUCUCGACAGCAGGGCUCAGAGGGCUGAGGUCAGCCAUUUGCAGGCCAGUUGGUUGGUUGUCACUAGUAGCAGGCCUCAGGGGUUAAUACUGAGCCAAAGAAUGCUGAAGGGUUUCAUUACCAUCCUGGAUGUUGGGAUGGGUUGCAAAUUCAUGGAAAGGCCGCGCGAGUUCCUGAUCCAGGCGCUGGAGAGGGUGAAGGCAGGGAAGCGAGCCGAGGGGGAGUACCCUUACCUCAUGGACGAGGCCAACCUGGUCGCCAUGUUCCAGUUGCUGGAUGUCCUAGGGCAAGGCCACAUAACGCCCGGGCAGUACAGAGAAGCUCUUAAAACUUUGGGACUGAGCACUGAAGAUGUGCAGUUUGGAGAGGAUGCGAUUAUCACACUUGAUGUAUUCAAGGAAGAAGUGAAGAAAAAGAUGCUGGAGAGCUGGGCUGUGUAUUAGUUUGAGCAGUGGUCUGCUAUAUGUAUUAAAAAGAGGCACCUUGCUCAAUCCUUCUGGGUUCUCAGCCGUGGAUAGCUGACUUUAGGCAGUACUCUCUCAUUUCCCUCACCCCAUUUGAGCAAUCGCUGAAAAGGACAAAUGACAAGAACUUGUUCAUGUUUACCAGGCCCAGGAAGGGUUAUCCUUUGAAAAUGGCUUUUUUUAAUACAAUUAGAUGGUUAAAAAAAGUAGAGCGCUCUUUUAUGCAACUAAAAUAGUGUUUUGGAGUUUCCCCCUUCAUGGCGUAGCUUACAGUAAGGGGUUAUUAAUUGUUGGCUUAUUACCAUGGAAUAAAAUUAAGAGUUGAGCU